AAACCACAUUCAUCAGCUUCCACUAUACUCACCUCGCAAUUAUUCCGGACCUCUGCAAUGACGGCGACUAAUAAAGCAUCAGCUGCACUUCGACUUAUCAAUCUAGCUCAACAUUCCUUUCAAGGAUGUAAGACCCAUGGAUGUGGUUGUUCUUCGAGCCAUGGGGCAGGUCAUUCAGCUUUCGAUAUUCAAUCAGCGGCUCGAUCAAUCGCAUCUCAAGGUCGAUCUCGAACUUAUGCCACCCCAGUAUCUGGAAGUGGACCAAAAGUAGAAGCUGAUUAUGCUUUUGAAGUUUCUGCGGCUCAACUACGCUUCGGUGAUGGAGUGACAAAAGAAGUUGGAUUAGAUUUCAAAAAUAUGAAAGCCACAAAAGUAGGAGUCUAUACGGAUUCUACGGUCGCAAAGUUGUUACCUAUGAAAACGGCAAUCCAAUCAUUAGAAUCGGCUGGAAUUCGUUACGAAGUUUUUAAAGAUUGUAAAGUCGAACCAAGUCAAGAAAGUUGGGAGAAAGCGAUUCGAUUUGCACGUGAACGGGAUUUUUCACAUUUCUUAGCUGUUGGAGGUGGAUCAGUGAUCGAUACAUGUAAAGUUGCCAAUCUAUACACUUGUUAUCCCGAUGCACCACUUCUCGAAUUUGUCAAUGCUCCCAUUGGAAAAGGUUCAACAAUCUCUAAGACCCUUAAGCCUCUUAUUGCGGUACCAACGACUGCAGGAACUGGUUCAGAGACUACUGGUACUGCAAUUUUUGAUUAUACACCAUUGCAAGCCAAGACAGGAAUCGCAAAUCGCGCUUUACGGCCCUCCUUGGGUAUUGUAGAUCCACUCAACACCGAUAGCUGCCCCACUGCAGUACAUAUCAGUAGCGGACUUGAUGUAUUAUUCCAUUCAUUAGAAUCUUACACAGCGAUUCCUUACUACGAAAGAACUCCUAGGCCAUCAAAUCCUUUACAGCGCCCUGCUUAUCAGGGCCGUAAUCCAAUUAGUGAUGUGUUUUCACUUUGGGCAUUGAGAACCACUGUAAAAUACCUACCGCGAGUUGCACGUGAUCCUACCGAUAAGGAAGCAAAGAGUCAAAUGCUUCUGGCUUCAACCUUUGCAGGGAUUGGAUUUGGAAACGCGGGUGUACAUUUAUGUCAUGGAUUUUCUUACCCUAUAUCUGGACUUAACAAGAAGAUUGCCAAAUACAAACACUUAGGAUAUGAAGUUGAAGAUCCAUUAAUUCCACAUGGAUUAUCAGUCGCAAUCACAGGUCCAUCAGUCUUUAGGUUCACUGCACCUUCUUCGCCAGAAAGACAUAGAGAAGCUUCAGAUAUCUUUAGUCCACUUACUGAUGCUGAAAAAAGAUUACCUGAUAGUGAAAUUGGAGAUUUGAUUCAUGAUCGAAUUGCCAGUUUUUUAUCUGAAUUAGGUUUACCUAGAGGAUUAUCUAGACUCGGAUAUAAUCAUUCUCAUCUUCCGGAAAUGGUUGUUGGUACUUUACCACAGAAAAGAGUCUUAGAUUUGGCACCAGGUGACUUGGGAGAAGAAUCAUUACAUAAGAUAUUAGAAGGAGCAAUGUCAUUUUAAUCAAUGAUGCUUUAUAUGUACAUCUCAUUAUCAUCAAAUUUGUAUCAAGAGUAAAUCAUUAUGAACACCUCCAACGCACGCCCGCAAAUGUAACAAAUUGGACACACAUGCAAGGCGUAUCUUGUGUUUUCAGACCUGGG